CACCCACACGCGUUCCUAAAAAAGAAAAAGAAAACCCACCCACACGCCGAGUGAGCUGAGCUGAGCUCGACACGCCGAGCGAGCGGAAACACACCCUCGCCGCUCCUCUCUCCUCCCGUCGUGCCGGCCGCUGCCGGGGCCGCCUUUCGACCCGCCGGAUCACCGCAGCACCCCGCUCGAGCGCCGGCCGGCAGGCCGUGAUGUCCACCGCCGCGCCCUUCCGCCUCCUCCUCCCGCUCCACCCACCACUAACUCCCAGACGCCAUUCCGCUCCCGUUCUCCCCUCUGUCCCACGCCGCGGCACCGUCCCCAGCCCCCGCCUCCGCCUCCGUCUCCGUCUCGCAGCCGGGGGCGGCGAUGCGCCUCCGCCCGCAGCCGACGAACUCGACUGCGUGGGCACGGGCAGCGACGUCGAGUGCGUCGUCGACGGCGACCCUGGGGCGGAGGAGGGGGUCGCCCCGGCGCUUGCGGGGAGGGAGUGGUGGGAGUGGGUGUCGCUGGUGUCGCCCUUCUUCUUCUGGGGCACGGCCAUGGUGGCCAUGAAGGGGGUCAUACCCAAGACCGGGCCCUUCUUCGUCGCCGCGCUCCGCCUGCUCCCCGCGGGCGCGCUCGUCGUCGCCUUCGCAGCCGCGCGGGGCAGGAAGCAGCCCUCCGGGUGGGCCGCCUGGGGCGCCAUCGCCGCCUUCGGCCUCAUCGACGCCGCAUGCUUCCAGGGCUUUCUCACUGAGGGCUUGCAGAAGACAUCGGCUGGCCUCGGAAGCGUCAUAAUUGACUCCCAACCAUUGACGGUUGCUAUCCUUGCAGCGCUAUUCUUCGGAGAGUCUAUCGGGGCGAUAGGAGCUGGGGGGCUCGUACUGGGUGUUGUUGGGCUUUUGCUCCUCGAGGUUCCAGCACUGUCAGUUGAAGGAAACAACACAUCAGUCUGGGGGAGUGGAGAAUGGUGGAUGUUCCUCUCGGCCCAAAGCAUGGCGGUCGGAACUAUCAUGGUUCGCUGGGUAUCAAAGUAUUCUGAUCCAAUCAUGGCAACAGGAUGGCACAUGGUAUUAGGUGGGAUUCCUUUGUUGGUUAUAUCUGUUGUUAAUCACGAUCCUGCUCUUAAUGGACACAUUCAAGAACUUACAUGGAGUGACAUGGCAGCUCUGGGUUAUACAUCUAUAUUCGGCAGUGCUGUCAGCUAUGGUGUCUACUUCUACAAUGCUACAAGAGGUAGUUUGACCACGCUUAGUUCUCUUACUUUCUUGACUCCUAUGUUCGCCUCCAUUUUUGGGUUCCUCUAUCUGGGAGAGACCUUCGCACCUGAGCAGAUCGGUGGUGCACUUCUGACAUUGGUUGCCAUCUAUAUGGUUAAUUACAAGAGCAUUAUAGGCGAGAAGUAAGAGACUGUCAAAAACUUGAUAGGUUCUGUGCCAGCCGGGUACUGCACUUCACUGGAGCACAUGUAACGGCGUUGUACAGGGGUUUGAAGAGUAAGUACAUGUUAGUAAUAAACAUCCCACCAAUUUGCACAGCUUGAAGAGGCAUAUCACAUGUGCGUCCCCGUAUUUGGACUAAAAAGAUGGUAUAAGCUGGUGCAAACAAGUUCUGUCAUCUGUCAAACAUAAUCGGAUGACUCGCCCACAACUCCUGUGUUGCACACUGAUGAGGUUGUCGAGGAUAAAGUCAUGCCUCUCUCCAUUUCAGCACAACUUUCUCACGUGGAGCUGAAAAAUGCAAAUAAAACCAAUUGUGUGGCUACAUAGUCAGAUGGUUUGCAUAAUAGCUGAUGUGUUGUACAUAUAUGGGAGAAGUAGCCCCUAUGUACAAGUAGUUGCUAGCAUGGAAAUAUCUAAUGAGCGAAAAAGCAAUUGUCUCUGGUGAGUUCUGAUCCUUA